CAGUCUAACGUCAUGACUGCUGAAGCAAAUAUGAUCAGUGUCGGAGGAGUAGUUGUCUUUGAGGACAGAGCCUGAGCCUCCAUGUGUGAGCUAACGAAGAGAGGGCGGAGGAGAAGCGGGCCGGCUGACAGCAGCUAAGCUAACUGGUCGGUGUUGCUGGCUCAGUCACUGCAGCCACUAGAUGGAGGCUCCCCACGGCUGUGCAGCGAUGUCAGAGGAGGCGGAGAGGCUAAUCGGAGGAGGGUCGGGCAGCGAGUCGAUGAGAGUGCCGAUGAUGGUCACGCUGAGGACGUCCGUGGCCUUUCUGCUUCACCUGGCUUCCUCUGUGGCGGCGCCGGUGCCGUGUGAGGAGAGGGUGAGCCGGCUGGAAGCGGAGAUCCAGGGCUUGAUGAACGUGAUCAGUGAGCAGCACCGCUACAUCCAGGAGCUCCACAGCAGCCAGGCGCAGCAGCUGCAGCAGAUCCCCAACUCGUACCUGGGCCUCGACGACCUCUACAGAGGUACGGCUGCAUCCACCGUGUGUGGGUCAAACCCUACAUCGUCAGCGCCGGACGCUUUCCUUUAUCUAAGAAACAAACCAUGUCUACACAGAGCGUCACAAGAUCUGAGAAACCCGGGAAUGGUUCUUUUAUUAGACUCAUGUCAGACAGAUGCAGCGUUACGGAGGACGAGGUCUCCUCCUGGGAUCGAACCAGAUCUUUUUCUUAUAGCGUGGGUGGAGUACAAGCAUGGAUUCGGAGACCUCUUCUCUCCUGCUGGAGAGUUCUGGUUGGGCAAUGAACCCCUGCACCAUCUGACAUCACAAGGGAACUAUGACCUGCGCAUCAACAUGGAGGACUUUGAGGGGAACGAGCGCUUCGCCGAGUACAAGAGCUUCAAGGUGGACGGCGAACAGGACCAGUACCAGUUACACCUGGGCGAGUUCACUGGGAACGCUGGCGACGCUCUGGACGACGCCCACGGGGCGGGACCGGGCAGUCCAUGCGCAGACGGGGUGAAGUUCAGCACCUACGACCGGCCGAACUGCAUCGACGCCGACGUUCAGUGCGUCAGACACGGCAAGUCGGGCUGGUGGUUCAGCAGGUGUAACGCAGGUAACCUGAACGGUCACUACUACGACGGGCCGUUCGAAGCCUUGACGGACGACGGCGUGGUGUGGUACACGUGGCACGGCUGGGCCUACUCCAUCAAGUCUGUCGUCAUGAUGAUACGAGCGUCCGACCUCGAAGCGCCGCCUCCAGCGGACGUUUACCUGCCAGGCGGUCCUGACGUGGUCCCGGCGGCGGGCCGAGGCGCUCCGUGAAGCCGAGGUCACUUUGAUGCUGUGAAAUAAAGUCAGAGCGCCUUCG